CCAGUAUUAUUUCACAUAAUUACAUUUAUUAAUUGACAAGAAGCAAAACUUUUCAUAUACUUAUCCUAUAAACAAUUCAAUAGCUCAAGCCACGACGUUGACUUGGAUCGAUGCAUGUUUUGUUAAAAUGAGCAUCACCAUAGACAACAAGAAGGAGCUAGAGCCAAAUCCCAAGAAGAAUCAUCGUUCAACCGAUCAUAGGAUGGUGGACACCGGCGGCGAAGCGGACAACAAGUCUCUCGAGUCAGGAGGCAACCACCACCACCACCACCACCUCAACAACCACCAGUUUUUCCGGCAAUUCCUGAGAAUCACGGUGUUGUUCGUGGUGGUGGCCGCACCGUGUCUUGUUCUUUAUCAUUGGACUCAUCCUUUCGAGUUGUUGCCCAACUACAGCUCCUCCUCUUCUUCUGACCAUAACUAUGCUCUUUGUGACAAGGAUGUUUCGGAGUUGAAGAAGGUUCUGAAAAAUGCUUCCAUGGCAGACAAAACUGUUAUUCUAACAACUCUAAACGACGCGUGGGCGGAGCCAAAUUCUAUACUUGAUGUGUUUCUUGAGAGCUUUAGGAUUGGGGAUCAAACCAGUAGGCUUUUGAAUCAUUUGGUGAUUAUAGCUCUAGACCAGAAGGCAUAUGCUCGUUGCUUAGCUUCACACCCUCAUUGUUAUGCUCUCAAAACUCAAGGCAAUGAUUUUUCAGGUGAGGCGUAUUUCAUGACUGAAGACUACUUGAAGAUGAUGUGGAGAAGGAUUCGUUUUUUACAAUCUGUUCUUCGUUUGGGAUACAACUUUGUUUUCACGGAUGCUGAUAUAAUGUGGUUUCGAGAUCCAUUUCCACGUUUUUUUCCGGAUGCAGAUUUCCAGAUUGCUUGUGACAAUUUCUGGUUCAAAUCUGACGAUUUAAAUAACAGACCAAAUGGAGGUUUCACCUACGUAAAAUCCAACAAUCAGACGAUCCAAUUUUACAAUUAUUGGUACUCUUCGAAAGAGAAUUAUCCAGGGAUGCACGACCAAGAUGUGCUCAAUAAGAUAAAAUUCGAUCCUUUCAUCAAAACAAUUGGGCUCAAGAUUAGGUUUUUGGACACGGCUCACUUCGGCGGACUUUGUGAACCUAGCAAAGAUUUCAAUGCAGUCUGCACAAUGCAUGCAAAUUGUUGUUAUGGUUUAGAGAGCAAAGUUCAUGACCUGAGACUCAUGCUUGAAGACUGGAGAAAAUUUAUGGCAUUGUCAACUGAUGUAAGAGCUUCACAACCAUCAUCUUGGAGUGUUCCAAAGAACUGCAGUCUUUCAAAUUUUCAUCCUCCUGAUUCACCAAAGAAGAAUGGAGGAGGAAGGAUGUAACAAUUGAGAAAAUGACUAGACUUUGGAGUAGUCCUAUUUAUACACUUGAAGGGCCUUGCACGAAGCUAUGAAUCAUAAUCAAGGUUCUUAUAUCUCCGAGCACUUCCAUCUUCCAAAUUGUGAAUUAAUUGGUUUAUUUUAUAAUUUUCAUGGGCACACAAAGGGGAUGAACACAAAUGUAAAUUAAUUUAUGAUUCUAUUUUUUUCUUUUCAUUUCCUUUUUUUAAACUAAUAGUCAGACAUUAUUUUUGCAACUCCAAGAACAAUGGCGGUUGGAGCCUUAGGAAAUUUAGACGGUUGCGGGCUACCGCCGGUUUAGAAAAAAAAAGACCCUUACUUCUUCUAAUUAAUUCUUCUACUUCUUUUAUUUUAUUUUUUAUUUUUUAUGUAAGUCUCAUUAUAGAUUUUUUUAUUUAAAAUAUGCUCUCUCCAAUUUUUAUUUGAAUCAUUUAAAUGUAAUAAUAUGCAAAUUCUAAUAAUAGAAAGAGAUUGUCUCUCA